AUGUCGUCGUUUGAGCGAGCUAAGGCAUUCCUAAAUAUCAUUUUGAAAUAUAAGCAUGGACCAGGCAUUUUUGGUCACUGUCAAGCGUAUUACGGUAUGGUCGAAGCGCAAGGAAGAGGGACACUGCAUUGUCAUAUGUUAUUAUGGAUCGCUGGCAAUCCGAGUCCCCAGGCAUUGCGUGAUCGACUUGCAUCUGAUGCGAGCUUCAAAUCUAAUAUGUUUCAGUGGCUAGAGAAUAUUAUUAGCUGCAAGCUUCCAUAUGAUAAGGGUCCUGUACCUGAAACAUCGCCCAAUGAUGCAUGCAAACCUGUGCGCACACACGAACUCGACCCAAGGCUAGAACGAUCCCCACAAGUAGCUGAAAUGGAUGCAAAAUCCUUUGAAUAUGAAUUCAAAAAGUUUUUGAGUCGUCUUGCUGUAGAAUGUAACUGGCACAUUCAUAGCGAGACAUGUUAUAAGCAUCUAAAAAAUGGACAAAAAAAAGGAGAUUCAACUUGUCGAAUGCGUCUCGAUGGCUCUGUGCAGGACGUCACGACUAUUGACAUUGAAACUGGCUCUAUUGAGUUGCGACGAUGGAGAGGUCGAUGCAAUACAGACACUCAGUUCAUUGGAUCAGGUGAAGCUGUGAAGGCAGCAGUAUUUUAUAUCACUGAAUAUAUCACUAAAGGAGACUUGCCUUUGCAUGUCGCUUUACAAGCAUUGGAGUAUGCACCUAAGAUGCACAAUGCUAAAUAUAUUACAGAUCCACAAGUAGAUCCACAGAAAAAGGAUAGUAAUCUACUUACCAAGUCUGUAAAUGCGAUGAUGGGUUGGCAGGAAAUGUCUCAUCAACAGGUAAUGAGUUAUUUAAUAGGUGGAGGCGACUACUAUACCAGUCAUACUUUUGAGACUAUCAAAUGGUAUGAAUUUUGUGCAAACGAGGUCGUAAGGCUUUGCCGCGUGCUCAAUUCCUUACACAACAUAGUCAAUGUGGAGACUCAAUUGGAUAUCGAUGCCCUCCACGACGUUCUAUUGUCAAAUCCAGCUCUUGAUGGUGAUGAAUUUGAUGAUGAUGUUACAGGCUCGCAGUUGAAUGAAAAUGCGGAUAUUACUUCUGUAUAUUAUAAACCCGAACUUACUCAAGGCAGAUGA